AUGGCGUCCUCAGCAGAUGUGUAUGUCUUUGGCGAUCAAAGUUCUCCCGUUCUUGAUAAACUGCAAGCUCUUUUACGCGUGAAAGAUAAUGCACUUCUUACCUCUUUCCUUGGCGAGGCGUUCCUGGCAGUCCGACGCGAGAUUGUUUCACUUUCAUCUAUAGAGAGAAAAUCGAUUCCCGAGGCUGAGAGUCUCAGCUUGCUCUUGGAGGGCGUUCGGAGGAGCGAACCUCAUGCGGCUCUGGACAGUGCUUUCGUGUGCAUCUACGAAAUCGGAUACUACAUUGACUGCGCGAAGGAUGUUUUCGAAAUCUCAAAGCUAGGUGUUGAGGCUGCUACUGUUGCUUUCAGACUGGGAAUGCACGUUCGCAGAAGAGCCGAAAACCUUGGUUACUCGACACCUUCAAGCUGGUCUAUGAUCCUGUCUUCGAAUCAGGAAGAGCUUAUCUCAGAAGCUCUACAAGAAUUCUCCAAGGAAAAAAAUCUUACUUUCAGCACGCGUCCCUACAUCAGCGCUAUCGGUCCUGGCUUCACAACGAUCAGUGGCCCUCCAGCUAUCCUCGACUCGCUGAAGGCUCUUGAUACUUUCUCUGGAAAGAGGUUGUAUCCGGCUCCCAUCUACGGCCCCUACCAUAACUCUUUGGCAUACUCAGCGUCCAGUCUGGAGCAUGUUCUCGCAUCAAUUCUCGAAGACAUUGCAUGUGGAGAGAACAAGAUGCUCAUUCCCAUCAUCUCCUGCGCCUCGGGGUCUCGCUUAGACCAGUUGUCCUUUGGAAGUCUCCUCGAGGAUGUUUUGAGAAGUGCUCUUUCUCAACAAAUCCGCAUGGAUCUCGUCACCGAUGCUCUACUCGAAAUCGUUCCUGGUACCGACGCCACUUUCAUACCGGUCAAUGCGCAGACAACUGUUUGCAGCCUAGUUGACUGGCUGGCCAAGAGAGGCGCCACGACACACAUUGGGCCAACCUUGGAGAGCCUGGUCAAAGAUCGAGCUGAACCACGGCUUGCUCCCGGUGAUGAGAACAAGAUCGCCAUAAUCGGCUUCAGCGGGCGGUUCCCAGAGGCUGAUAACCUCGACGAGUUUUGGGAUCUGCUGAUACGCGGUCUCGACGUCCACAAACCAGUCCCCGAGGAACGCUUUGCUCGCGACCACUACGAUCCAACCGGCCAGCGCAAGAACACCAGUCAAGUCCAGUACGGGUGUUGGUUGAAGUCCGCAGGCUACUUUGACACUCAGUUCUUCCACAUGUCGCCAAAGGAAGCCAUGCAGACUGAUCCAGCACAGCGCCUUGCCCUUCUCACAGCUUAUGAAGCUCUCGAGAUGGCUGGAGUUGUGCCUGACCGAACUCCGUCAACCCAGCGAAACCGCGUGGGCGUCUACUACGGCACGACGAGUAACGAUUGGGGCGAGGUGAACUCUUCGCAGGAUGUCGAUACCUACUACAUUCCCGGAGCCAAUCGUGCCUUUAUUCCUGGCAGGGUCAACUACUUCUUCAAGUUCACGGGCCCUAGUAUCGCUGUUGACACCGCUUGCUCUUCUAGUCUCGCCGCCAUCAAUCUCGCGAUUACGUCGUUGAAGAACAGGGACUGCGAUACUGCAAUUGCUGGCGGAACUAAUGUGAUGACGAACCCCGACAAUUUUGCAGGCCUCGAUCGCGGCCAUUUCCUUUCCCGUACGGGCAACUGCAAGGCCUUUGACGAUGGUGCGGAUGGUUACUGCCGAGCUGAUGGAAUCGGCACCUUGAUUCUCAAGCGUCUGCCAGACGCUAUCGCCGAUAGCGAUCCCAUUUUUGGAGUCAUCUUGGGAGCGCACACCAAUCACUCAGCAGAGUCUGUCUCUAUCACUAGACCUCUCGCAGAUGCUCAGGAGUAUCUGUUCAAGAAGCUCUUGAACGAGACCGGAAUCCACCCUCACGAUGUUAGUUACGUCGAGAUGCACGGCACAGGUACUCAAGCUGGCGAUGCUGUUGAGAUGCGUUCAGUCCUUAACUCUUUUGCUUUCGAUCACAGUCGUCCACGAGACAAGAGCUUGUAUCUCGGCUCAGUCAAAGCAAAUGUCGGACACGCUGAAUCUGCCUCUGGAGUUCUUGCCAUCAUCAAGGUGUUGCUCAUGAUGCAGAAGAACACGAUUCCUCCUCAUUGCGGCAUCAAGACCAAGAUCAACCAAGGGUUUCCCAAAGACCUUGACCAUCGUGGUGUUCGUAUCGCUCAGAAGGACAGCGUGGACUGGUCUCGACCUGAGAACGGUAAGCGGAGAGUGUUGAUCAACAACUUCUCUGCUGCUGGUGGAAACACGUCCUUGCUGAUCGAAGAUGGCCCUGCUGUUCAUCCAACCCUACAUCAUCAAGAUGGAGACCCUCGGACUGAGCAUGUCGUGGCUGUUUCGGCACGGUCUCCCAAAGCUCUGGAGGAGAACUUGAAGACUCUUGAAGCUUUCAUCGCAAACUCUUGGGCUCCGGAAGGCGAGCUCCUUUCUCAGCUCUCGUAUACCACUACAGCACGACGUGUGCACCACAGUCGACGAGUUGCCUUUGUCACCAACAGUCUCGAUGACUUGAGGAAGUCUCUUCUUAACGCUGCCGCCACAGCCGGGCAAGUCAAGGGCAUUCCCGCAGUGUCACCAAAGGUCGGCUUCCUCUUCACUGGACAGGGGGCACAAGAGACCGCCAUGGCCAAUGGAUACUACAAGAGCUUCUCAUCUUUCCGCUCAGACAUUCAUCAACUUGACUCCAUCGCAACUCUCCAGGGUCUCCCAUCUGUUCUUCCACUCAUCCAUGGCACGACUCCUGUUGAGGACCUUUCUGCAGUUGUUGUGCAGUUGGGAACUUGCAUCAUCCAGAUCGCAUUGGCCCGUUUCUGGAUCAGCCUCGGCAUCAUUCCGCAGUAUGUCGUUGGACACAGUCUGGGUGAAUACGCUGCUCUCCAGAUUUCAGGAGUCCUCAGUGUCAACGAUGCUAUCUUCCUCUGUGGUCAUAGGGCAGCGCUUCUUGACAAGAAGUGCACUGCUUACACCCACGGCAUGGUCGCUGUCAAAGCGGCAGCAGAUGACCUGAGGCAGCAGAUUUCCCCUGACGUGAAGGUUGAGAUUGCUUGUGUCAACGGCACCGAAGACACCGUACUGAGCGGUCCCAACGCGGAUAUCGAGGCCCUCUGUGGAAAGCUGACCCAGGCUGGCUACAAGCUUCACAAGCUGGAAAUUCCCUUUGCCUUCCAUUCGUCUCAGGUUGAUCCCAUUCUUGACGAUCUCGAAGAAUUGGCAUCUCAGGUCGAGUUCCACGAGCCCAAGCUCCCCAUCGUUUCGCCUCUGUUGCGCACGCUCCUCACCGGCGAUACACUCGGUCCACAGUACAUCAGACGCCAUUGUCGUGAGACAGUUGACUUCUUGGGUGCUGUUCAGAUGGCUGAGGCGCAAGGUAUCAUGGACCGAAGUGGCAUGUGUAUAGAGAUUGGAGCGCACCCCAUCCUCACGAGAAUGGUCAAGUCGAUCAUCGGACAAGAAUUUCGAUGCCUUGCUUCUCUCCGCCGCAAGGAGGACCACUUCAAGACCCUUGCGGACUCUCUCUGCGCUUUGCAUUUAGCUGGCUUUUCUAUCAACUGGGACGAGUAUCAUCGUGACUUUGCUUCAUCUCAAAAUGUCCUUCAGCUUCCGAAGUAUAGUUGGCAGCUUGCGAAUUAUUGGAUGCAGUACAAGUACAGCUGGUGUCUUACCAAGGGUGAUGCUCCCGUUGAGAACUCUCAAGUUGGUGCACCUGUACAGGCGAGGGCACUGAGGCUCAGCGAUUCUGUGCACAAUGUCAUUGAGCAGGUUCAUGGCGACAAGAGAAGCUCUAUCACGAUCGAGUCUGAUAUGCAUGACACGUCUCUCCUCACUAUUGCGCAAAACCAUCGUGUCAACGGUUUGACUAUGGCCCCUUCGACCCUCUUUGCCGACAUAGCAUUUACCUUGGCGAAGCACCUGAUCCAGAACCGCGGGCUUGACCCGCAGACUAACCUACCCUCCAUCAACAACAUGGCUGUCGAGAAGGCUCUCAUCGUGGGAGAGACCGGCCCUCAGCUGUUCCGAGCAUCGCUUGAUCUGGACUGGACUACCAUGCAUGGUUCAGUCCGUAUCUUUAGCGUCAAUGCAAGCGGAAAGCAGACCACUCUCCACGCAGUCUGCGAUGUAGCGGUCGAGAAUCCACAGUCUCACCGCGAAAGCUGGCAGAGUAAUGCUUACCUCAUUCAGAGAGGUAUCAAACAGCUUGUUCAAGGCGCUGGUGAUGGAACUGCUCACAUGAUGCGCCGUGGUCUCUUAUACAAGAUUUUCUCCAACUCGGUCCAGUACGGGUCUGCUUUCCAAGGCAUCGAGCAGGUCUGGUUUGAUAGUGAAGGUCUCGAAGGAACUGGCAAGGUCUUGAUGCCAUCUGGCAAGGAUACCUUUGCCCUCAACCCGUACUGCUGCGACAGUUUGGGUCACAUCACAGGCUUCAUCAUGAACUGCAGCGAUAGCUUGGACCUUGAUGAUCACGUCUACAUCAAUCAUGGCUGGCGCUCCCUUCGUUUGGUCGAGCCCUACCAGUGCGACGUGAACUACCAGACAUACGUCAAGAUGCAGGCAGCUGGCUCUGACGACUCAACUUACAGUGGCGAUGUUCAUGUGCUUCGUGAUGGUAAGAUCAUCGGUAUCUGUGGCGGCGUCACCUUCAAGAAGGUCGCUCGUAAGGUACUGGAGAUGCUUCUUCCCAAGCCGUCUGGUUCGAAGUCCAAGUCCGCUACUGUCAAGCACGUUGCUCCCGAGCCGGUUAGACACGCUGUUCUAACUCCUCCAUCUACUACUAACCAUAGUGUUGGCACUGUAUCGCCACCCGAGCCAACAGACUCGCCUGCUGGUUCUGCUUCCGGUCUUGUUCAGAAGGCCCUUGAGAUCAUUGCCGAUGAGAUUGGCGUAGACAUCUCUCAGCUCACUGAUUCUACCCUCUUGGCUGAUCUAGGAGUAGACUCACUCAUGUCAUUGACCAUUCUGGGCAACUUCCGUGAGGAACUCGACUUGGACAUACCCGCGGCGCAGUUCUACGAGUUCUCAACAGUCCUGGAUCUCAAAUCCUUCCUUGGAGCCAACGACCAAGACUUCUCAAGCUCAAACUCAGAGGCAGAGAGUUCCGCAUCUACAGCCGCUUCAACAUCCCCCAGUGAUCACGGUGAUGAUAUUGUUGCUCUCGACGAGGACGUCAAGCCUGUCGUGGCCGAGAUACCUCGCUCAACCUCUACAAUCCUGCAGGGCACCAAGCACUGUUCCCGAACACUCUUUCUGUUCCCCGAUGGAGCCGGCUCAGCAACCUCUUAUGUCACUCUCCCGUCCAUUUCGCCAGACAUGAGAGUGAUUGGACUGAACAGCCCAUACCUCACCAAGCCCCAUGAGUUCAAUUGUGCCCUCCAGGACAUCACAGGCUCUUACUUGAACGAAGUGCGUCGACGCCAACCUCAAGGCCCUUACCAUCUUGCCGGUUGGUCAGCAGGAGGUGUCUCAGCCUUUGACGCCGCUCGACAGCUUGUCUCCGAGGGAGAGGUAGUUGAGAGCCUCAUCCUGAUUGACUCCCCCAACCCUGUUGGUCUCGGUAAGCUGCCAAAGCGUAUGUAUGACUUCCUCGAAAAGUCAGGUAUUUUCGGUGCUUUUGAGAUGGGCGAGGAAGCUCAAGCACCGCCUGACUGGCUCUUCCAGCACUUCUGUGUCUUCAUCGAGGCCUUGGAUAGGUACGUGCCUGAACCAUUCGAGCAUGGCAUGGCGCCCAAGACGACCAUCAUCUGGGCCGCGGACGGCGUGUGCAAGAACCCUGAUGACCCCCGUCCAGAGGCACAGCCUGACGAUCCUCGUGGUAUGAAUUGGCUUUUGAAUAACAGGGAGGACUUUGGACCUAAUGGUUGGGAUGAGUUCAUUGGUCCCAGCAACAUCAGCACACUGGCGAUUGAAAACGCCAACCACUUCACGAUGAUGAGGGAGCCAAUUGCAUCUGCUCUUUGUGCGCGAAUCCGGGAGGCAAUGGGAGUCAAUUGACCAGGACAUUGAAGCGGCGGUAUUCUUUAUCUAGAUAUAUAUAUUUUUGCUUGCUAUAAUUGCUAUUCUUACAG